AUGGCAGCUGGUGUCCAAGUAUUUGAGGCAUACGAGGCUGCGCAUAAAUACAACCUUACGAUUGUUGGUGCAGAGGGGAAGACGGUCGGGCUUACAGGAGGGUAUAUUCUAGGUGGCGGCCACUCCCCUUUAUCAAGUUUAUAUGGAAUGGCAGCAGAUCAGGUCCUCUCCAUGGAAAUAGUCACAGCCGACGGUCGUUUCGUCACAGCCAGUGAAACCUCAAAUCCCGAUCUCUUUUGGGCUCUUCGAGGUGGCGGUGGAUCGACUUAUGGGGUUGUUACAUCCAUGGUGAUCAAGACGUUUCCUGAGAUUCCAGUCUCAACAAUGACAUUCAGUCUAUCUACAGGGGAAAAUAUAUCUAUGGAUCAGUUCUGGCAGGCCUUUCGCGCUUACUUCGAAGGUUUUGCCAACUACACCGAUGCCGGGAACUAUGCUCAUUUUGAUCUGAACGCUACGAGCGGAAACUACGUCUGGAAUAUGGCACCUUGGUUCGCUCCAAACAUGUCUAAAUCAGAAUUGGAGGUCCUUGCCGACCCCUUCUUCAAGGCUAUUGGUAGAAUCGGGAUCGAUCUAAAACCAGUUUAUCAAGAAUACACAAACUUCUAUGACGCAUGGAAUAUUAGCUUCCCUCUCGAACUUUGGGGUUCAAAUCUUGCUAGAUACGGUAGCCGGCUUUUCCCACGGGAAAAUUGGGAGGAUUCGACGAAACUGACAUCUACUUUUGAGGCUAUUCGUCACGUUGUAGACAAUGGUGGUGUGGUAUCAGCAUACAACGUUGCUGCUGCCCCGAGGUCUGGGUAUCCUGAUAAUGCUGUUAAUCCAGCCUGGCGCAAGACUGUGCUACAUGCUAUCGAUAUCGUAGCAUGGACUCAAGAUAUGUAUACAGAACUCAUCACAAUAUGGAGUAACGUUUUGACAUCUGACUGGGGAUCGCUGUGGCGCUCGGUAUCACCCGGUUCAGGAGCUUACCUUUCCGAAUCAGACUAUAUCGAACCCGACUUCCAGCAGUCAUUCUGGGGUAAUAAAUAUGAUCGGCUAUACGAGCUCAAGAAGAAGCUGGAUCCUUGGGAUGUGUUUUAUGCGCAGAACGCGGUUCUGAGAGCGCGGUCGUUUCGCCGGGGUUAUAGAAAUACUGUCAUGGAAUCAUCUCCUUCUAGAAUCAUUAACCGGUUAGACCUCGACACCGCUAAGAUGUGGAAAGACGACUCCAUCGAGGAGCGCAUCUUCUCGGCAGCUUUAAUAUGUUUAGAGGGCCAUUACAACCAGUCCCCUGCAAUGGGACCCCAAUCUAUCGCCAAAGUGACCAGUAUUAUCUCCAAAACAUUGGAGAAGACGCAUACCUUCAAGGACGUUAGGGAGGUCCUAUCGAGAAACGUGCGGGUAUGGAUAUGGCUACGUCGAGCUGUAUCCGCUGCAAUAUGUGAUCUCAAUGAGAAGUCUCUUGGUGUACGAUCGGAACCUUUUGUUCAAACGAAGUUCCUCGACAUCACUACCCCAGAGGUUACCGCUUUGAUUAUCAAGAACUACGCGCCUCUAAAGGAGGCGUUGCAGAUGCUCAAUAAGCUCAUGCAUAUUGCCCGAAAUCUACUUGUCACUACUGAUCCAGAGGUCCCUCAAGAUUUGUCUGCAGCUAUUCAGUUUGAUCAUGAAGUAUAUGAAUCCAUAUGUCUUUGUGUCAACGUGACCAGCAAGGGAAUUGAUGGGGAAAUGCCGGAAGAUGAAGCCUCCAGGGCUAAGCUGAAUGAGAUCACCGAACUCUGCAAAAAGGUCCUUGUGACAUCCCUACAGCAAGCUCACAAUUGGAUUGCCAAGAAUGACCGCAAUAAGAUGUUAUUUUGGUACAAGGUAUUAAUUGAAUCUCCAGACGCUGAGAGCAACCCAGGUCCAGAGGAUCGACAUGAGUCAGUGCUGGACUACCCAGCUCCUAGGAGUAUUCAUCUGCGAGACGAAAUUUCGAACUGGCUAAAGAGAUCGUCGCGAAUGUGCGAUGCUGCUAUUGGUAUUUGCAAGGAGUAUUUCGAUGUCCAGAGCGUCGAAAAGAAGGAUCAAUGGUUAUCCCAUGACGAGAAUCUUUUAGCCUGGAAUUACACCCCGCCUGAAACUUGGGCUUGGCAGCCGGAUAUAUAUGACGAGGCUGCUGAAUUGGUUUCAACAUGGAACCCCGAAGAAACAGACAAGUUUGAGCAGGAUAAAGCAUAUGGCCGUGUAUCGCACGAACUCGACAAGUGGUGGUACGGUGCACGUGUCCCCAACUCAAACGACUGGAGUCUGACAAUGUACUCAACCGUUGACUCUGUUCCUCAGCGCAUUAAGGAAUGCGAGUCUAAUCUCAUGCAACGCUACGCAGCUGCUGAGCCUCAGGAGGACCCGAAUGAUACGACUGAGCAUCAUGUGGAAGAGGAACACAGUGCUGAGUGGCAAGGCCAGACGUCUCAGUCGGGCCAAGCCUUCGCCCCCGAGUACGACGAAUAUGAGGAAGAAGCUGAUGACGACGAUUCAUAUGGUGAAGGACCAAUGACUGGGCUUCUGACUGAGGUGCCAAAUAUCCUUGACCCCAAACAGAUAGAAGCGCUUCACAUGAUCGUCAAGUCUUGCAUAUUAGAUUCAGCGGGUUCUGGGUUGACUAUAUUCCGCGAGAACUUGCAACAAACCCGUUGUCGCAUAUUUCUUGCCACUGAUUGCGGUAGAAACCUCCUGAGGGAAAUGCUUGUCUUUAUAGCCGUAUGGGAAAAGGAUGAACAGUCUUUAAUAUUUCAGAUUAGCAGCCAGAUCGUGCAGGCGAUCCACGAGAACUCCCUCAUCCCCUACGCAUGGAUGGCGCUUCGAAGCCCCAAGGAUAUCAUUUCGCCAGCACAAACAGUCCUACUUAGGCUUAUUACCUAUCUAUUCCGCACAGCUUUGUUCCCCCCUAAGGAUUAUGAUCCCUUCCCGGAUACAAAAGCGGAAGAUGUCGAAAAGAUUCUCGCAAACGAGGAUGUUCGUCUCGGAAAGAUGCUUAACUAUCUAUAUGGUCUCUUCCGCAGCCGUAUCGUCCCAGAAUGCGUCGCCUUGAUGCAAAUUCAGGGUGAAGUCCGCAAGAGCCGACUAGAUCCUGCCGACUUCCCAGUUGAUAACUGGGAUCUGGAACGGGCCAAAGACGGCCUGGUACAAUACCUUGAUUUUCUUUACACGGUUGCAGAUAUUCAUCCUCUUCGUCAACAUCUCAUCGACUACGAGGCUGUCUAUGAGCUCCUUAAGUUGCUUGAGGGCCUUGAUAUCGGGGUGGAGAAAGCACCAUUCCCAGGCACUCGACGAAACGAGCCUCCCACCACACCUUCUACUACCACAUCAACACCCCAGGCGUCAUCAUCCAAUAAUCUGCCACCUCCUCCGCCUCCACCACCACCGAUAUCCGACCCGCCCCACGAGUUCCCCUGGUCUGGCAUCAAAGGCCAAGUUCUGUCUAUACUUGCCGCUCUCUUACAGCCACCACCUGGUCAAUCAUCGCCUGGCAAUCCGACAGUGCAGCUCCAAAUUUUACGUCAUAACGGAAUAGUAGCUUUGCUUAACUGCUGUUUGUACGACGACAACAACCGCUUCUGCCGUGAGCGCACACAGCUCUGUCUCAAGUGGCUUAUGGACGGCUGCCCAGAUGCGUCGGCAUUCCUCCAGAGCCUCGUCAGCGCCAACCAAGGACAGCCAGUGGCGCGUCCACCCGCCGGCAGCAACUUAACACAGAGCGUUAGGAUAGAUGGCGUCCCCGGCGAGGUUAGGGUACAGGUGCGCAGCUCGAGCGCGCCCGCUGGAGAAGUCGGCGAGGUAAUAGGGGAUGGUGCGAAUUUAAGGAGUAGGCUGGAGGAAAAUAAGAGUCGCAGCGAGGAGCUUGUUAAUGACCUCUUAGCGUUGACUGUUGUUGACGAGACUGGCAAGAUGACUAUUGCCCCCGAUGGAGAUGAGACGGAGGAUGAUGACUUCAUGUGA